AUGAUUGAUGAACAAUUUUUUGGUGAUAAUAGUAUCACAAAACAUUACAACAGUGAAUAUAUCAGUAAUGAUUACAAAGAUACUGGACCAAGAGGAUUUAUCAUUAAAGAAUUUAAGAAUAAAUCAUUAAAAUUUACGAUAAAUGAAUCAAAUCGUUUUAAAAUUUCCUAUCCACCAGCUGAAUAUCGUUUCUUCAGAUCAAUGAUUAAUCAUAAUCUCUGUUAUCAGUAUACUUUAGAAUGCAUUUAUUAUCGAUCGGAAUAUUCACGUAGCAAAUUAUCAAUUGAUGAGAAAACUGGUGAAGAAUACAAUCCGUGUCAACGAUUUGUUGAACCAUGUUUUGGGAUUUCUGAAUACGAAUAUAAAGCUAUAAAGAAAUUUAAAAGUUUAAAAGAUUAUUAA